GGGCCCCGGGGAGCCGCGCUACAGCCCAGGGGCCGGCACCCGGCUGAUUGUCAGCGGCCUCCCGCCGCCGGGCCGGGCCGGGCUCUGCUUCUGAAUUCGGCUUUAACUGACGCGCCUUAAACCUUGAGGAUGGAAUCCGACAAGUUCUUGAGGAGAUGAAAGCUUUAUAUGAACAGAACCAGGCUGAUGUAAAUGAGGCUAAAUCAGGACGAAGUGACUUGAUCCGAACAAUCAAAUUUCGUCAUUGUUCUCUGCUGCGAAAUCGACGAUGUGUUGUUGCAUACCUGUAUGACCGGUUGCUUCGGAUCCGAGCCCUCAGGUGGGAGUAUGGCAGUGUCUUGCCAAAUGACCUCCGAUUUCACAUGUCUGCUGAAGAAACGGAGUGGUUCAAUCAGUAUAAAAAGUCUCUUGCUACCUACAUGAGAUCCUUAGGAGGAGAGGAAGGGCUGGACCUCACACAGGACAUGAAACCUCCCAAAAGCUUAUACAUCGAAGUUCGGUGUUUAAAGGAUCAUGGAGAAUUUGAGAUUGACGACGGUAUAACAAUUCUGUUGAAGAAGAAUAGCCAGCAUUUUUUACCACGCUGGAAAUGCGAACAGUUAAUCAGACAAGGAGUGCUGGAGCAUGUUCUGUCAUGAACACAGGGCGGGAGCUGUGGGCCAGCCUCCAUUGACCUCCUUCCUUGACGAACUCUCUAAUAAGAAAAUCAAACCAACUGUAGCAGUGAUUUUAGCAGGGGCAAAUACAGCUUUUCUAGUGUAA